UCGCUGAUGUUCACCGGCAGGAUCGAGGCUGACCGUGCUCUGUGUUCCUGCAGGAGCGAGGUGAAGCGGCCGUGUCCAUCGCCCCACCCCGUGCCCCUACUUGGUGAGGCCGCGCCCACGCCGCACGCCGAGAACCCACAGAGGGAGACGCGGGGAGCGCAGAAGUGGAGACUCGGCGGCGCGCGCGACACGGGGCGACGGUGGUGGCGGCGCGGGACAGCUGAGCGCAACACCUCCCCCCCCCCCAAUACCGCGCCCCCCCCGUACAGGCGGCUGCACUCACCGGGCAGACCCCCGCGCUGCCACGGAGGGGCCAUGGGGGUGCGCACGGGGAGCACCCCCCCGGGGAGCCGCGACGGAGGAGGAGGAGGAGGAGGCGCCGGGUCCGACGGAGGAGGAGGAGGAGGCGCCGUGGCGGAGGAGCUGCACGGCCUCAGCCUGGAGCAGCGCCGGACCGUGCUGCAGGUGAAGCUGCAGCAGCGGCGCUCGUGGGAGAACCUGGAGCAGCAGCGCCUCGUGCCGCCACUCAGGAUGGCCUCUGCGAUCCGGAACCUGGACAGAGCGCGGACGGAGGACUUCCUGAAGCACAAGAUCUGGAACCGCCCAGACCGCAAGGAGCUCGUCAAGAAGCACAUCCUGGAAGACACGCAGGCCCAGCCCGCGCUGCAGGCUGCGCAGCUGCGGCUCAAGCGCGCGCGCCUCGCCGCCGACCUCAACGGGAGACUGGCGCUGCGGCCCGGCGCCAUCGAGCUGGUGCAGCGGCACAUCCUCGCCGUGGACAGUGCCGGCCUGCAGCUUGGCGCCGGUAUAGGCGGUGCCCACGUGGACGAGGAGGAGGACGACGCUCGCUCCCUCUCACCCGACAGCCUCGCCCCUCUCCCGCAGGGCCCCUCCCCUGCCCCGCAGGGCCCCUCCCCUCCCCCGCAGCACCCCUCCCUCGAUUUCUCGGUCCCCGGACCGGACCCCUCAUCCGCUGCAGAUCCCGGCGCCCAACAGCAGCGCGGCCGGCAAGGGGACACAGCCAGUGCCAUGGGGGUUUUGGCGAACCCCGUCCACGCGAGGCAGGGUCAGCCGGCAGGAGUCACGCCGCCCAGCAAGCCGCGCUCGCCGCUCGUCAAACACACGCAGCCCCAGCCGGAGGCCGGGGGCCAGCGGGCCAGGAGCCGCGGCAAGGACCCGCGGCCCAAGGUGCGCAAGCUCAAGUACCACCAGUACGUCCCGCCUGGCCAGCGGCCUGCCCCGGACAAAGGCGGAGGCGCCGCCGCCGCCGCCGCUGCCUCUGCGCCGGAAACCGCCACGGCGGCCCGCGGCCCCGGAGGAGGUCGGCCGGAGGCACCUUGCGACGGCCUGGCCCGCGGCCCGCCGAUCCUGCCAGCCGGCACCACUCCCUACACGCGGCUCCUGCAACAGCAGCAGAUGUUUUUGGAUCUGCAAACGCUCGGGCAGCCGCACCAGCAGCGGCAGCCAGAGGUGCAGCUCCAUCACGAGCAGCAGCAGCAGCAGCGGCGGCAGCUGCUGGGGCAGCAGCGGCUGCUGCCCCUCCAAGCAGGGCCGCACGCACCCUCCAGUCUCCCACCCUCAAGCCCGACUCGCGGCGCCAUCAAAUCCGAGCCUCGGACGAGCGGGCCCGACGCGAGUCCUGGCGCAAGCUCGUCGGGCAGCAGCCCGGCACACCGCGCCGGCGGCCUGCCCUCCAGCCUGGACGAGAUGAAGGUGACGGAGCUGAGGCACGAGCUCAAGCGCCGCUCGCUGCCCGUCUCCGGCACCAAACCCGCGCUGCUCGAGCGGCUCCGCCGCGCCUUCUCCGCGGGGGGGGGGAGCGCCCCCCCCGCCGCGGCGCCGCCCCCCCCCGACGGCGACCCCGAGCCGGGCUGCGACUCCGGCGACUCGUCGCUCUCUCCGGGUCCCUGCGGAACCCCCGGCGUCCUCGCCCCCUCGCCCGGGGUCAAGGAGGAGAGGACGGGGAGCCCGGGAUCCGAGGCGGAUGCGGCGGCCGGAGACCGCCUGUUGCUCGAGAUGAAGCGCAGGAAGAUCCAGGAGCUGCAGAGGCUGCUGGAGCAGGAGCAGAAGCAGGCCGACGAGCUGCGGAGGCAGAUCGCGCGCGAGAAAAGCCUCCGGCACGGCGGCCAGGCCUCGCCACCGCAGCAGCAUUCGCCGAGCUUCCCGCAAGCCCGGGUCUCGCCCGGUUACCCAGGAAACCGAGCGUCGCCCGGUUUUCUCCCGAGCCGGGACCCCGUUGUCCCGCGGGCCCCGUGCGGCCGGGACGGGCCCGGGGGACGCGAGGACGCGCUCGCGUUCUGCUUCCCUCGGGCGGACCCCCGUCGGAGGUCGCCCCCGAGCCCGACCGCCGCGCCGGUGAAGCGGGAGUCCCUCGCCGGGGACGGCGCCGUCCCCCCGGCGCCGGGGCCGUGCGGGGCGGAGGCCGAGGCGGACCGGGAGCCCCCGCCGCGCACUCCGCCGACGCCCGCCGGCGUCGCGGCACCGCCGCUCGAGGUGAAGCGCGAGCGGCCGGCGCCGGAGCGCGAGGAGCUCGCUGCGUUCCCCGACAGCCCGUCCCACCACGGCCCGGGGCCCGGGGACGCCCUCCGGCUCGAGACGCCUGAUCUCCCGCCCUCGUACGAGGACGCCGUCAAGCACAAGGCCCCCUCCAUGCAGGGAGGCCUGGAGCAGCACAUGGACGACCUCCUGGACAUCCUCAUCGAGAACGGAGAGAUCCCCGCUAGCGCCCGCGAGCAGAAGGAGCCGCGCUCGUCACCGCCGGGGGCGGCCCCAGCUCCGGCGCGGCCGACCGGGGGCGUGGGCGGCGGCCACCUGGGCCUCGCCGCCGCCUUCCGCCUGAGCUUGUCCACCGCCGCACCCUCCCCGUCGUCGUCGCCGCCCUCCGAGGCCCAGCUAGCGGCCUCGCUCGGCGUGGUGAUCGGCGUGUGCGGCGGCGGCGGUGGCGGAGACGCCGUCUGGGCCGACGACGACGCGUUCUGGGCCGAGGCGGAGGCCGGCGCGGGCUCGGAGGGCGGCGCCUCGGACCGCGAGCGCGACGAGGACGGCGUGGACUGGGCCGAGCUAGCGUCCGGCCUUGCCCCGCUGGCGCACGCGCCCCCCGCCGGGCCCUUCUCGUCCGCGGACUUGUUUGACGCCGGCGGCGGUGGAAAGGACCUGGUGUUCGGCGCGGCCUCGCAGCUCUUCUAGCGCCGAACGGGGACGGCGCCAGGAGGAGCGGCGCGCCUCGGUUUUGUAUUUUUCUAGAACGCGUUAUGACGGCCUUGGCUUCUCGCCGCGCGGCAUCGUCACCCCAAGGAGGUGGGCACGGGGGAAGCUGCAUGGGCCAGGUUCCUCAGUCCUCUGGCUGCAGACGCUGAUAGCCAACAGGGUGGGGUAUGGGACCCAGCCACGAGAGUGGGGCCUAGCCGGGAGAGUGGGGCCGUCUGUGCCGUGGGACCCGACCCACAGCGCUGGUGGGAUGGGGCUUGAGGACCCCCGUGAUUGCCUUGACCCCACGGGCUCUGCUGGCCGUGCUCCGCGUGCCGACUUACAGAUCUAUUUUGCUAUUUUCUAAAAUGCAUGCAACUUUUUGCCAAAUAUGUUGUCACAAAAAGCCUGUAAAACAAUGUGAUGUAACGGACUAUGCUGAACGGGUGGAGGCUGUUUCCCACUGGCUCCAUGUAAUAAACAAGCACUUGGU